GGGCGUGAAGUCAGGGCUCCGCGGGGGAGCUGGCGCCAGGGCAGGCUUGGCGUGGCACGAAAGUGUUGGCGAGAAGCCACGUGGAAGUCGUUCCAAGGAGACUGGGUGAGCCACCGACUUCAGGAUGCCCAGAAAGACCAGGAUGCCAAGUAGACUAGGGACCCGGACUAGGGGCGGGGCCGGACACGCCCCGCGUGCUCACGCGCCCAAUCAGCGACUAGCCAACCUGGGUCGCGGGACACGCCCCUCGCUCGGAGCCUCUUCCCGGCAGCCUCGCGGACCCGGCGCCCGUCUGCGCCGGCGCAGUUGGCAGGCCCAGCCCCGUCGCCCUCCGGCCCGCGCCUCCUGCAGCCAACAUGGCAGCUCCCUGUGUGUCCUGCGGCGCAGCAGCUUCCUACCGGCUCUUUCUUGCGGGUAGGGUUAGCUUCGCCCGGGAACAAGGCCUCUGGAAAGCCGCGGCUGCUGGGCUGCAGACAGGUACCAGCUGCCAGAUAUUAAGGCUCAAACAUUCCCCAGCUGUAACAACAAAGAAAAAUGUUGCAGCCUUAAGACGUGAAAGUUACACAGUGGACUUUAUUAAAAAGCAGAUUGAAGAGUUCAACAUCGGGAAGAGACACUUGGCCAACAUGAUGGGGGAGGACCCAGAAACGUUUACCCAGGAGGAUAUUGAUAGGGCGAUCACUUACCUUUUUCCCAGUGGUUUGUUUGAGAAGCGAGCCCGGCCCAUAAUGAAGCAUCCCGAAGAGAUUUUUCCAAAACAGAGAGCUAUCCAGUGGGGAGAAGAUGGCCGCCCAUUUCAUUUUCUCUUUUAUACUGGCAAACAGUCAUACUACUCAUUAAUGCAUGAAGCGUAUGGAAAGGUGCUCCACGUAGAAGAACGCCAAGACCAGCUGCGAGCCAAAGGUCUGUUUUCAGAAAAACCUAAAACCAAAGACCCGAUUGGUAGCAGAUGGCUGAUUAAGGAGGAACUGGAAGAAAUGUUAGUAGAAAAACUGUCAGAUCAAGACUACGCACAGUUCAUCCGGCUGCUGGAAAGGUUAUCAGCCUUGCCAUGCGAUGCAGCUGAAGAGGAAUUUGUGGGCAGGUUCCGCAGGACAGUGACCGUUCAGUCGAAGAAGCAUCUGAUCGAGCCUUUGCAGUAUGACGAGCAGGGCAUGGCCUUCAGCACAGGCCAAGGCAAGAGAAAGACUGCAAAUGCGGAGGCGGUUGUUUAUGGCCAUGGAAGUGGGAAGAUAGAAAUAAAUGGGGUCGACUACCUGCUCUACUUCCCAGUGACCCAAGACAGAGAGCAGCUCAUGUUCCCCUUUCACUUCCUCGACCGGCUUGGGAAGCACGACGUGACCUGCACGGUGUCGGGGGGCGGGCGGUCGUCGCAGGCGGGGGCCAUCCGCCUGGCCGUGGCCAGAGCCCUGUGCAGCUUCAUCACCGAGGACGAGGUUGAGUGGAUGCGCCAAGCUGGACUGCUCACCACGGAUCCCCGUGUCCGAGAGCGUAAGAAGCCAGGCCAGGAGGGCGCCCGGAGGAAGUUCACCUGGAAGAAGCGCUGAGUGUCCCUUGUGGGAAAGCGAGGGGCGCACGGGAGGCCAUGGCCGGCUGGGCGGCUGCCUCGUGAGAUGACUUACUUGCAAUGCUGUGAAGGUCGCCUUCUGAAAAUAAUUACUUAAAAUGUUUUAGCUUUGUUCCGCUGCUUCACUUUUAAAAUUUUUUCAGAAGAGAGUUUUCAAAGCCUAACUCAGACUCCUGACGUAUUUGAUCUGAAAGGAACAUUCAGCAAAACCCAGCCAGGAGACCUUUCUCAGAUGGGAAGGUCUGAGCUCUGGAGCCGUACUGCUGACCUAAGAGCAGCGCAGACUUGAGCUCCGUCCUCCGCAUGCUGUCGCUUUUCCAGACAGCUACACAUUUUUCACAAUUGAGGGAUGAGAUGCUUGUCAAAAAGAAUGGAGCCAGCGGAGUGUCUUUGUCAGGAGCCCCACCGAGCUGCUGAUGACGACGAGAGGCCCGCCUCUCCCGCGCCCCGGCAGCCACCAGUCCUCUGUUUCUAUGAGUUUGACUUUUGUUUUGUUUUUUUUUCUUUAAGAUUCUGUGUAUAAGUGAUCCCGUACAGUGUUCGUCUUUCUCUGUCUGGCUUAUUUCAUGGAGCAUGGUGCCCUCCAGGUCAGACACAGGCUUGCAGUCACAGGAUGAAUCAGUUCUGAGGCUCUGGGCUCGCACAAUGCCCUGGGGGUCCCUCCCUGUGACACUGGGAACCACAGGCGUGAGGCGGGUUUGGGGUUUCGUAAAGGACAGUAAGUCUGGUCUUCGUGUGCAGCCCUGAAUACAGCGGACAGUGUGGUGAGAGGGCCUGGCCCAGGGGGAGCAGGGGUUGAGGGCCCUGGGCGUGAUCUCUGUCCGGAAGGGGAGGACACGAGUGUCCACUUUACCUCCCAAAUGUGAUACAAGCAGCUUUUGUUACAAACUGUUUUAUGAUAAAGUGACUAAAGAACCGACCACCGUGAGGCAGGAUGUAGGGCUCAGCUGUGGCCCUUGGUGGGAGUGGGGGGUGGGCCACCCUUGAGAUGUGGGCAUAGCAGCCUUGGCCCAGGUUUGGGAGGUCAGGACAAUCCGCAGGCCCGCAGGGCCCCAGUAGGUGCACGGUGAUCAUGGGUUGUGAUUCUCAUCAGGAAACCCACCCACCCCCGACCCCCAUAUCCUCUGCCGUUCAGUUACACACGUGUGUGCAGGGGUCUCAGUCUGGAUGGGCAGGGGGAGUCAUGUUUUGAACAGGCAGUGUCCUUGAAAAUGAAGGAUGCCUCAUUGCCUUGGCCCCUCAGAACAAACAGAAGCACGAUGCUCUGGAUGGAGUAGCUGCACGCUGCAGACGCAGGGCUUCCACGUCUGUUACGACGUCCAGGCUACACCCCACUUGGAAGCCCCACAGACACGGGUGUGUAGCCCGCAUAAACAAGGGAGGUGGCCAACCACGAGGACCUCUCAGUAUCUAUAAGGGAAGAUAAGCCCGUUGUGUUUGCACAAUGCUGACUUAAGGCACCUCUAUCAUGAAGGCUGUGACCCCUUCCACCAAAUUAACCGUCAAGGAGGGGCUUCCCUGUGGUCCAGUGGUAAAGAAUCCUCCUUCCACUGAAGGGAGGGGACGCGGGCCUAAUCCCUGAUAGGGGAUCUGAGACCACGUGUGGGGGCCUGCCAAGCCUGCAUGCCAGGCCCUGCAAUGAAGACCCCGCACAGCCCCCAAAAUAAAAAGUUUAAAAUGUAAUCAAGGAGCCAUAAAAAUCAACAUCUCACAAAAAUACUGCCACCUUCUUUGGUGACCAGCCUUGGGAUAUAGAAAUUUUUCUUAUUAUAUGUAAACCCUUGGUUAAGACACAAUAAACUCAUAAUGAAAAAUC